AUGGGCAUCAUCGACACCUCCAAAGACUUGGCUGCCCUCUUUCGGGACCAAGUUCAGAGAACGCCGGACGCCGUUGCCUUAGAGGACGACAAGACCAGUUACACAUACGCCGAGCUUGACGCCUCAGUCGAUGCUCUCACGCAAAGACUAAGGCUCCAUGGUGUUGGAAGAGACAGUCUGGUGGGCGUGUUGCUCCCUCGCAGCGCCGACUAUGUGAUAGCCUCCCUGGCGGCGUUGCGGGCCGGAGGCGCCUUCUUGGUGCUCGAGAUGGCAUAUCCGCCAGGGCUACUGGCCGACGUGAUUGAAGAUGCCAGUCCAGCAGUUGUCGUUACGUAUCGGGCCGAGCUCGGCAAGAUCAAGGAGGGUAUACCACUGAUUACUCUUGACGAAGACUCGAACCAGGAAGACACGGUGAAUGGGGAUGGACACGCCGACAGCGAGCUCCCGCCACUACCUGCAGAAGAUGACCUCGAGCGUUUGGCCUUUGUAUCCUACUCUUCAGGCACGACGGGCAAACCCAAGGGGAUAGCCAAUCCUCACAGGGCCCCUGUGCUCUCAUACAAUCUGCGAUUUGGCGUGCGUGACGUCCACCCCGGAGACCGCGUGGCCUGUAACGUCUUCUUCAUCUGGGAAAUGAUUCGUCCGCUCCUACGAGGAGCCACGGUGUAUGCCGUUUCCGAUGAGGCCAGCUAUGACCCGGCCGCACUCGUGGACUUGCUCUCUGCCAAGCAGAUCACUGAAACCCUCAUGACACCCACGCUUCUUGCCACGGUCCUAUCCCGUCACUCAGACCUGGGGUCUCGACUCUCAGAUCUGCGCACCCUGUGGCUCAACGGCGAGGUCGUCACCGCAGACCUGGCCCGUCGAGCUCUGAAGGCACUACCCAAUGUGCGCUUGUUCAAUUGCUACAGCGCUUGUGAGACCCACGAGAUUGCAUGCGGCGACAUUGCGGAAAUGCUGACACACGAGUCCGUCUACUGUCCUGUCGGCCCGCCAAUGGACCUCAAACAUACCUACAUCCUUGAUGAAGGUGGGCAAAAAGUGGAAUCUGGCGCCAAUGGAGAGCUCUUCAUCGGCGGCUCUAUGCUGGCUCGUGGCUAUCUUAACCUUCCUGAAACCACCGCCAAAGCAUUUACGCCGGAUCCAUUUGAUCCCACCCCAGGAGCCCGCAUGUACAAGACCGGAGAUCUGGCGCGAUUGCUGCCUUCAGGACUUCUCGAGAUCACAGGACGCGUUGCAGGCAUGAUCAAGCUCCGAGGCUACUCCGUUGUACCUGGCAAAGUCGAAAAUGCCAUUGUUAAGCAUCUGGCCGUCCGGCACUGCGCUGUGGUGGCCCAUGGGGAAGGCCUCGAGCGGCAACUAGUGGCAUACAUUGUCCGGGACAAGGAGAGCUCCUCCCCGGAUCGCCCGAUUGUGGAGAUUGAUGAUUCCGGAUACAGUCCAGCGGCACGACGGACAUUGUCGGCCCAUCUAGCCCACUACAUGAUCCCAGCUCUGUGGGUAGAGCUCGACGAACUACCUACUCAUCAAGUGUCCGGCAAAGUCGAUCUCAAGCAUCUCCCACCUCCGCCGACACCUAAAAAGGUCGUCACCAACGGCCACAAAGUCGAGCAAGACCCGAUUACGAUUGAUGCAAUCGCCGAGAUUUGGGCGGCGACCCUGAAGACGUCACGGGAUGUAAUCACGCCGGAACACAACUUCUUCGAUCUCGGUGGUCACUCCCUGUCUCUUGCGGAUCUGGCCUCCAGACUGUCAAGAACCUUCGGCUUUCGCAUCCCCCUCGCUCGACUAGUCGACCCUCCCACUCUCAACGGCCAUCUAGAAACAGUCCGUGCCGUGAGAGAUGGUCACACCGCAGAAGUGCAGGCGGAUCUGCCAGCCGUGUUGCGAAAGGAUUCUAUCCUGGAUGAAGACAUCCGUCCAUCCAAUGCCACGAUAUGCGCACUCAAAGAUGUCAACACCGUGCUCCUGACGGGUGUGACUGGCUUCUUAGGGGCCUUUCUACUCAACGACCUAUUGGAAAGCACCUCAGCCCAGAUCAUCUGCCUCGUCAGAUUCGGUGACCCCUCAGAAGAAGACCGACCAGGCGGCAUAGCAAGGAUCAGGAGGAAUUUACUGGACUUGGGACUAUGGCGGGACUCCAUCAUGGAGCGGGUCGAAAUCCUACCUGGCAACUUAUCCCGGAAACGGCUGGGUCUCACGCCCGAAGCGUUUGACGAACUGGCCUCUCGUGUGCAGGUCAUCGUCCACGCGGGCGCUACCGUCAACCUCGUCUAUCCCUAUGCCGCCCUACGAGGGGCCAAUGUCGGCGGUACACGCGAGAUCUUGCGUCUAGCAGGCCGCGGCGGCGCCACAGUCCAGUACGUAUCCACCAACGGCGUGCUGCCACCAUCACAAGAGGGCUGGCCGGAAGAUGCCAUGCUUGCCGUGGAAGAAGUGCCCGAGAAGUUACAUGAUGGCUACGGCCAGACAAAAUGGGUGGCUGAGCAGCUGGUGCUCGAGGCCGGGCGGCGUGGAUUACCCGUGAAAAUCCACCGAGCAGGCACCAUCAGCGGCCACAGCACGACCGGUUCAGCGAACGCAUGGGAUCUGCUGUCCGCGUUGAUCGUGGAGUCAAUUCAUCUCGGCUACGCCCCAGAUGUCGAGGGCUGGCGUGCUGAGAUGACGCCGGUCGACUUUGUCAGCAAAGCCAUCGUGCACCUGGCCAACCAGACGCACGCGAAACAAGUGGUUUUCCACCUUGGCGAUCCCGACCCGGUCGACUGUCGCAAGGUCUUCGAGGAUCUCGAGCAGCUAGGAUAUCCAACGAAACCGCUCGACUUCGAUAAAUGGGUCGCCUUGUGGAACGAGAAGAGGAGUUCCGUCAAAGGCGGUGACGGCGCGUUCACAGUCGACAUCCUCCGCAGCGGCAUGCCGACAGUCGAUUUCCUCAGGGGCAUUGUCGUGCUGAACAACGCGGCAACCCGACCUUUCCGGGCCGUCGUCGAACGACCCAAGGUCGACAGUGUGCUGCUGGAAACCUAUACUCGCCAUUGGUUCGCCCGAGGCUGGCUCCCGCGGCCUCCCUCGCGCCACCAUUCCCCGGGCGGCUCUGCACAGCCGAUCCGCAGAGGCCCGCUGAGCGGCCGCGUGGCCGUGGUGACGGGUGCGUCGUCAGGCAUCGGCGCCGCCGUAGCGACUGCUCUCGCACGGGAAGGGUGUCACGUCGCUCUGGCGGCGCGGCGUCUCGAUGCGCUCGAAGCCGUCAAGCGUCGCCUGGUGGUGCGCGAAGGCAAGGUGAUAGUGCGCCAGACGGACGUGACGGACCGGAAACAAGUCGAAUCCCUUCUAAGUGCCGCAACCGACGAGCUGGGCCCCGUGGACAUUCUCGUGUCCUGCGCCGGCGUCAUGUAUUUCACCAUGAUGGCCAACGUGCAGGUCGACCAGUGGGAACGCACCGUUGACGUCAACUGCAAGGGUCUCCUCAACUGUCUCUCUGCCACCGUGCCGUCCAUGCUGUCGCGUGGAAGUGGACAUAUCGUGGCCAUCUCGUCCGACGCCGGCCGCAAAGUCUUCCCCGGCCUGGGCGUCUACUCUGCCAGCAAGUUCUUCGUUGAAGCGACUUUACAGAGUCUGCGUCUGGAGACUGCCGGCACCGGUCUGCGCGUCACUAGUGUGCAGCCGGGCAACGUCGCUACUGAUCUGCUGGGCAUGUCUACGGACGCUGAAGCGCUCAAGAAAUAUGGCGAGCCGUCUGGUGCUCAGGUCUUGGAUGCGGAAGACGUGGCUAAUUCAAUUGUCUAUGCUUUGAAACAGCCUCAGCAUGUUGCGGUUAACGAAAUUCUGAUCGAGCCGAGGGAUGAGCCUAUAUAA